GGAGGAAAAUAAUGGUGGUGGCUUUGUUGGAUUAUUAUAAAAGUGAUCUGAUUUGUGAGGUUAUCCAUUGUUGCUAGGGUUUCAGUCUUUUAUUUUCCUACAUGACUGAUGUGAGUUCCUGAACAGUUUGAUUUGUACAACUAAAGGGUGAAACAAUCAUGAAGCUGGAGGUGCCAGAAGACCUUGAAGAUGUUGCUGUGAAGUUUUCAAGUGAGGAGUGGAAGAUACUGAGUAAAGAAGAGAAAGAUUUGUACAGAGAAGUGAUGGUGCUAAACUUUGAGAAUAUGAUUUCUGUAGGUUACAACAUCCCAUUGGAGCACCUGUUGUUACUAAUUGAGAGAGAUGAGGAAGUCCCAUGUGACGAUACUGAGCGAGGAAAGUUGAUGCAACAGCAGGAGUUUCCUGAUCGCACUGCUGGAAUCUACAGGAAUGCCAGUUUCAGUGAACUUCCAAGUCAACUGUCAUUGCUUGGGAAGAACGAUAAUUCUGAAUGUGACAGAGCUUUGUCAGAUAAGUUGUCGGUCACAGUACAACAUGGCCAUGUACAGACUGAAAACAAACUCCAUACCCAUGUCAAAAGUGAUCUGCUUAACACAAAAAGUGGCCUGCAUCUAGGAAUUCAUGUUGACGAAAAUCCAUGGAAGAGGCUUGAACAGCGCAACACAUUCGUACUACCUAAUGAUCCGUUAGCCUACAGCUGGAAAAGACAAAUUAAUACCUUGGCAUCACAUGACCAAAUCAGUGGAAAAAAAUUAUGUAAAUACACAAUUUAUGACAAGUGUCUUCCUGGCAAAAACAAUUUAGCAGUGCAUCAGAGAACUCAGAACAGAUGGCAAAAGGGAAAGUUUGUAUGCACUACAUGUGGCAAAACUUUUAUGCGUAAUAAAUAUCUGGUAGCACAUCAAGCAGUUCACACUAAGCAGAAACCUUAUAAAUGUACAAAAUGUGACAAGAGUUUUUCACUAAAGGGAAACCUGGUACAGCAUCAGUCUGUCCACAAUGAGCUAAAACCGUAUACAUGUCCUGUAUGUGGCAAGGGGUAUACACAAAAGGCAAACAUGUUACUGCACCAACAUGUUCACACUGGACAGAAGCCUUAUAAAUGCACCAUGUGUGAAAAAAGCUUUGUGCAUAAGGCUAGUUUGGUGACACAUUAUUUAGACCACAGUGGGCUCCAGCCAUAUAAAUGUGUCAUUUGUGAUAAGAGAUUUAAAGACGAGAGUAAUCUGGCAUGUCAUCAGGUUAGCCACAGUGGACAUAAACCCUAUAAAUGUGUUACAUGUGACAAGGGAUUUGUGCACAAGACAAAUCUGAUAGCACACAGGAGUGUCCACAGUGGGCAAAAACCAUAUAAAUGUGCCACAUGUGGCAAAGGUUUUAGACGGAAGUCUGGCAUGGUAAUACAUCAGUAUGUCCAUACUACAGAUAAGCCCUAUAAAUGUGAUACUUGUGACAAGAGUUUUGCAGAUAGGAUAAGUCUGGCAGCACAUCAGAGUAUUCAUAGUGGGCAAAAACCGUAUAAAUGUGCCAUAUGUGGCAAGGGUUUUACAAGGCCUUAUAGCAUGAUAAAACACCAAAAUGUGCACACAGGACAGAAACUUUAUAAAUGCACCAUGUGUGACAAGACUUUUUCAGAUAAGACAUGUUUAACUUCACAUCAAAGUAUCCACUACCAUCCAAACAUGGCACCAUAUAAAUGCACCAAAUGCAGUAAGCACUUUUCAUGUAGCAAUACUUUGAGGCACCAUCAAACUACACACACAAGGGAGAAGCUGUACAAAUGUCCUGUAUGCAGUAAAUGCUUUUCAAGCAGUAGUAGUAUGAUACGUCAUCAGUCCAUUCACACAAAAGUAAAACCACAUAAAUGUCCUGAAUGUGGUAAGUGUUUUUCACACAACAGUGAUUUAAUGCGGCAUCAGGCCAUUCACACAGGAUUAAAACCAUAUAAAUGUCCUAAAUGCAGUAGGUGUUUUUCACAGAGCAGUCCUUUGAUACGCCAUCAGUCUGUUCAUACGGGGUUAAAACCACAUAAAUGUCCUGAAUGUGGUAAGUGUUUUUCACAUAGCAGUGACAUGAGGCGCCAUCAGAACCGUAAACACAAGACAGAACUUCAUCAAAUCCAAACAGAAUGAAAGUUCUAAAGCAUGAAGAGAAGAAACCUAAGAUGACAUCUUUGAUUAGUCCGGCAGAAACAUUUUUGGCAUGAACUAGGAAUGGAAAUGAAGACAGAAAUAGACAAUAACCCUACACCAACUGAAAGUGGCAAAGAAAAAAAGAAGAAUAUAAAGAAAAGAAA